ACCUGGGCUAAAUAGUUGUCUUCAACUGGACAUGGCUCCAAACUCUGUUGAUGACAUGUACAACGGCUGCAAAGACAACAUGAAGUUCAAGGUGCAGACUGAAUACCUGCAGAAUGAGAAAAACGGAGACAGAAACUUCAGACAGGCCUGGGAUGAAGCAGAGAAAUACGACACCCAAAAAUGGAAGCGUAGAAAGGGAAAGCGACCUCCUAACUACCUGGGGAAAGAGCAGGCUGUGGCUAUUUAUGCCUAUACCCUUGACAAGCCAAGCAUCUAUUCUGAUUUCGACAAUGCAGUUCGAACCCAGAGAGAUGAGUACAGCACCACAUUCAGGUAUCACGCUCUUCACUUUUUCCUGACUGGCCUAACUCUCAACGCUCGCAAACCUCAAGCAGAAAGAUGUCUCACUGGCUACCGCAGAGUCAACAGCUACUUUUGCCAAAAUGUUCUCAACAAGGUGGUUCGCUUUGGCUCUUUUACCUCCAGCUCAAUGGGUUGGUACCCUAAUCCCGUGAAAUUUGGAGACAAGUCAUGCUUUGAGAUUAUCACAUGCCUGGGGGCAGAUGUGUCUCUGUACUCUAAGCUCGGGGAGUCCGAGAGAGAAGUGCUGAUUCCUCCUUAUGAGGCCUUUAAAGUCACAAAGAUUGAGAGGAGAUCCGAUCAGAGGGAUCUUCCAUGUGAGGUGGUGUAUACACUAGAAAGUACCCGCACACCUCUUUCCAAUUUGAAUUGUGCUCUUUUCUGAAAUAAGCAGUCUCUCAUGCUGUAGUUGAAUUAGAAAUAGUAAAUGGCUUUAAUGGCCCAGUACGUAGGACUUAGUAGCAUCUAGCAGUGAGGUGGCAGAGCUGGAACUUGUCCCAUGUGCCAAGCUUGUAGAGGAACUAAGGUGGUCUACGCUUAAAUGCAAAUGGCCCUAUCCAGUGUCUGAUUUGUCAUUUCUAUUGUAGAGCAACUUGGCAGACUUGGUGGUGGAGGACUCAUUCUGUAUAUUGAUAUAAAAAGCUCAAAACACAAGGAUUCUUAUUUUCUGGUGAUUAUAAACUAAUGAAAACACACAUUUAAAGAGCUUUUAAGAGUCUGAUGAUGCAUCUGAUGUUGCUAGCUCUUCUACUUGCACAUAAUGUGAUGGAAAUGUGAAAUACAUAUCAAAUAUUGGUUGGUGUAUUCGAUAUGGAAAUUGUAACAUUGUACUGAGUUGUAUUGCCCAUGUGCUUUUUUGCAUAAUCCUUCAAUGUUGUAUAAAAACUGUGCUGAAAAAAUAAUUAAAGACCCAUAUG